AUGACCACGUUGGAAGAGGGAUCCUUCCCGUUAGCCGCGCUGGCUGAACAGCAUCGCAAGAUUUGUCGUGCCCUCAACAUCGACGUCAGCACCGAGGGUCGAUCGUGGGACUCGUUCGUGAAGACCCGGGCCAUGUACGAUCUGACGGGAAGCCAGGCGCAUUGGAUGUGCUGUUCACUUUACGUCGCGUGCCUGCAGGAAAUUCGCCCGGCUGUAGGAAAUCCUGCCCAUUUCAUCCGGGGUAAUGGCGUACACAUAACCAACCUGUUAAAGGAGUGCGGCAUUAGCAUUCAAGAGUUUUUUGACAAAAUUAACGAGUGGUCCUUAAUCACGUCGCUACCGCCGCGACUGAAGGCGACGAUCGAAAAUCUGCAGCACGAGUUCCGGGUGACGAUGAAAGCGUACACUACGGGCCUCCUAGACUCUUUCGCGCGUAUCUUCAACGCAUCCGCCAUCACGCCAGAUGAGCCUAAGCGUAACAAGAAGGCAAAACCGAAUCCAUGCUCUUACAAUCGGCUACGCGAGUUCACCUGGGUGUUGUUCCUGUGCGUGAAGGAGCAAUACCAAGAGGAAAGGCGUGAUCACUCCACGGCCAUCAACCUAUGCGUGUGUGUGUUGGAUCUGAUCUUUCAGAAUGUGGUGGCCGAAGGGCGGCUGGAGUUGCUUAAUGCUGCCAUGUUGCCUCCGCUGGGCGGUGACGGGUCGGGCGACACAGCAGUCGACCCGGAUGGGGGUGCGGCGGCCAUGCUGGAGGCCUGCAAGAAAGUGGCCAUCACGCCCCUACUCUGCAGCGAGUAUCAAACGACGGUUGAAUGUGUAGCGGAAACGUACCGGACCAUCUUUCUGCCGGUGCUUCUGAGCAUGUUCGAAACGAAAGAUUUGCGCGGCACGCACAUCACGCAAGCCGAUCUGGCAGAAAAAGGACCAAUCGGCGCUGAGCAGUUCCUCAACCUGCUGACGGUGGCAAAUUUUGAUGAGAAUAUGAAGUCGCUCAACCGCCGCUACGAGCGGUACAUUUUGCGGUGCGGAAUGUUGGACGAACGAAUAGUAUUGAGUGUGACCAGCAGUCCCAGUCUGCAGCAGCGCUGGAGUGUAAGCCAUCCGCGUACACCAUUGAGCAUGAAGGCACAGAGCUCACGAACGAUGGCGCUCGUAGACGGUACCGCACGGCAAGUUCGGGGCGGUGUCGUGUCGGAUGUUUCCCUGGGCAUAGGGUCGGGUGCUGCCUGUAACGAGCUCGUGCUGUCCGGUAAUCUGAAGCAGCUCAAGAGGAAAAUCCAUUGCGACGAUCCGGGUGAACCGCGGAAAAAGUUUCUACAACUGAUGAGCAACUGUGUGCUCGGUUCCAACCCGCAGCAGAUCGUGAUGAAUCGGCUGGCGGAGGUGCGCGACCGGUUCGUGCGGAAGCUGACGGAGGAGAAGUGGUACCCAAGAGGCUCGCACGCACGGUUCGACGCUAUUGAGGCUCUCUACUACCUGUUGCUGGGAAACAUCAUCACUUGGGAGAUACGGAAGCGUCCGACGAUUCCGACUUCAAAAGUGAUCUACGAUAUGAGUGCGAAUGAUUUAUUCAACGAGACCGUGAUCGUGUGCGCGGCCGAGAUUGUUUUCCAUCUCCGCCAGGAGCAGACCAACUUCCCAUGGAUACUGACGGUGCUACAUAUGCAGCCGCUCGAUUUCUAUCGCAUUAUCGAGGUGACAGUGUUGGCAAACAGUGACCUUCUUACGGCCGACAUCGUCAAUCACCUACAGCGGGUUGAAGAACAAACGUUGGAUUCGCUGUGCUGGGCCAACAGAUCAAUUCUUUGGGAAAAGGUGGAAAAGGAAAGCUAUCAGAUCCCGCAGUACAAGGACGUGGAGCAAAGCUCCCAAAUUGCCGGUAUCACGCCGCUGAAGGGCGAUUCGGUGCCGAACACUGCAAACGGUGCCUCCAGAGACGGCCGGAUGAUCGGUGGGGGAGGUGCUGCGGUGUCCGCGUCGGCCACGGAGACCGGUUGUUCGUCGAAUUUCACUCCCUCGAACACCGGUCGUCAGGUACCGCCUCCGGAUUCGGCAAAGAAAAAACUUUCCUUUGACGCUCCUUCAACGCCCACAAAGCAAACCGCGGCAACGCCGCUUUCGACGGCAGGAUCCACGGCUGAGAGAACGAUGGUUUCGCCCUCUCCGUCACCGUCCAAGGCGGAUGCACCACCCAGUGCGCCACGAGGACACUCGGCCAAUGGCAGCAGCCCAAGGCAUUCCACCGAAGAUCAUUCAUCAAACACGUCACCUUCACACGAGAACGGAGCCCCGACGUCGACCGAUAAACGUGUGUUGAAAGCGUUCUUCCGCAAGUUCUAUGCCGUGGCGUACGCCCGGCUAAAGGAUCUUUGCCAGAGACUCGGGCUAGAAUCGCCGAACAUACAGAUGCUCAUUUGGACAAUUUUUGAGCACACCAUCACAAAGUGUUCGAAGGAGCUGAUGCGUGAUCGGCAUCUCGAUCAGCUGCUGAUGUGCGCGAUCUUCGUUACGACCCGUAUCAAGAAGCUGCCGAACACGUUCAAGGACAUAAUGACUUGCUACCUUGGCCAACCGCAGGCCACUAGUUCCAUAUAUCGGAAUGUUUUCAUACGCUACAAACAGCCUUCGGAGCAGAUGGAAGUAGAAGCAAGGGAAGGGAGGGAAGAAAGGAUACCCACCUGUUCGGUGGCCGGCGCGUCCCGCGAUUACGACCGCGAGGAAUACGGUGAUAUCAUCAAGUUCUAUAAUGACAUCUACGUGAAGAUUGUGCAUCCCUUUGUCAUUAAGUACAUUGAUGCAUACGUCAACACGGAUAUGGAGUCGCUGUUUCUUUCUCCAAUGCCGAAAACACAGCCGCGAAACAUUCAGAAGUCGCCCCGUCAAAUCAGUGCGAACAUCAAUCUGUACGUGUCCACCACCGACAAGAGUGGUGGCGUGAUGGACUCACCCACCUUCCAUACGUACACCUUCCAGCAAAGCCCUGCGAAGGACCUACAUAUUAUCAACUCGAAAGUGCGCGGAUCGGAUGAAACCUGUGUACGCAGUCUGACCGAGCUCACCUCUUUCAGUGAUCAUUCGGUAGCGGACGUCCGCCGUCUCAAUAAGAUCCGCCAGGAUCGCCAGCAGCAGGAUAAGGACUAGGGAAGGCGAAGGGACCACCUUCACCCCAGUGCAUCUUUCGUGUGGUUUGCUUUCACUCGAGUUGAUAUUUUGCUGUAUACCCUCUUUUAGUGCCUUCUUGUUUCGCCCAAAGGGUGGUCUCGAUGUGAUGAUGGUUUCUGGGCGGCUCCUCGAUCCGGUUGAUGUUGACUCAUGUUCGUAGCCUUCGAUCAUUUCGAAGCAUGCUCACACAGUGUUCCAUGUUUUCAACAAUAACGGAGUGCGUUCGUUCAGUAGCGCGACCCGUUUUUUUAACGUAACAUUUUAGCGAUUGCGAAUAGUUGCAAUGUUUUUGGAGCAGGUUGUCUCUUCUACUAUUGCGGCCUUUAUUAUGUUUAAAAUUGUUAUCGACUCUUUAGAAGCUUCCAGCCCAUCGCUGACGAACUCUUGUUGGCUUAUGGUUCGCAGUAUCAAGCGGGUUUUUGUUGUACAGGUUUUUAGAUCAAAAAUAAUUUUAUUUAUCAUUUUUAACUUUAGCAUUGAAAAAGAGCUUUCCUCCCUGGGGGAGGAAAGCUGCGAGCUCUUUGGCACGUCGGCCUUUCUCUGGCCCUGGCCACGAUGCCCGCGAUCGCUCUUUUCCCAAUUGCCACUAGAUCCUUUCUACCUCUCACCGAUUUUGUUUUUGUUUCUCUCUAUUUCUCUUACUCUCUCUAUCUCUCUCUCUAUAUCUGGCUACAAGUUUUGGUGGAUCUCAAAGUUCGGUGUCUUCGUCGAUCAACGCCGUACGCGGACACACGAUGGGAAGCGGCGAUCGCUCUGAGUGGGCUAGCUGCUUGCCCUGCGUGUCCCUCGUGCGGAUUUGAUCAUUGUGAUGUUUUUGCAUUAAAAUGCCUUUUUUUUCGAACUAUCUAUUCCACACGCGUUUUUUGCGUGUUAUGUAUAUGUUGUAUGAGUGCGCGUUUUGUGUGUGAUGAGAUAGAUAAAGACACCAACGGCAGGGCGGCACACGACCGCCCCAGUUGCCCUACUCACAACUUAGUAAAUCGUAGUAAUUCUUAUUAAGGCGAAGGAAGAAAAGAAGAAUCUUUUCCUCUAGUGUGUAGUAGAGUCUAACGUUUAUUUAUUUAAAACUAAAUUAAACCACACCAAUCACGUCGAACGCGGCGCUCCCUUGCGGUUUCGAUCGCGCGAAUCGUCCGGUUGGUAUUUCCACCGAAAGAAGACCCGUACUUGUAGGUAAUUAUGUUCGGUGAAUCACAUUCGCUUUUGCCAUCACCAUCCCUAGCGAACUGCCCAAACCCGGACCGGUUUGUGUCGGUUUUGCUUGGAUACGCGACGUGUGAUGCACUCCCGAACACACGACGCAGCUGUCCCUAUCGUCGAGGGGUUAGCGAUAAAAAAUACCCACCCGCGAUGAGCGUUUCGCUUUUCGUGUCUUUUUCACAUCUUUCACACAUAACUUAAACCUUGGGCACGUUUGAACCAGGGACUCGAAAUUCAACACAGUUUUUUUUUCUUCCAAAAUCCUGUACCCUAGUAGAGUGGGGAGGAUGAGUGCAAUCAGCAAAACAAAGGUUGUUUGGUGGCGAAUCGGGAGCAGAGGGAUCGCAACUUGGUUCGGUUAGGGCAGCAACGUGCGGUACGUCGCGGCACGGGUUUUCUUCGAAUGUCUUCCCCCGUUACCAUAAAUUCUGAGAAAAAAUGGCACUUUUGUUAAAAAAUUUUAUCUCCUGCGUGUGCUUGUACUAUUUGGCCAAAAUAACAUCUAAUUGAAAUCAUUUUAUCACAUCAAGUAAUACAAAAAAACAUGGUCAUGCUAUUUUAGCGUUCUCGCUUUUACUGUCUAUAUUAGGGGUAAGGUUUUAAGAUUCCUUUCCCCGUCGCAACCGGACACACGGAGCUGCGGCGAGGUUGCAGCGCCUUUCGGAGAGGUCGGUUUUGGGUUUUUAUUAUCCUUGUUUUAUUACCAACUUCUGUUGAUCAACCUUAGGUGGUACACUGAAAUGCUAGAGAGAGGAUCAUCAUCGAUCGCAUCUUGCCGUCCUCCGCAAACGCCGGAGGACUGUUUAGGUUUAAGCGAUAGCUUUUUUAAAUGAAACACUAAAAUAGUGGCAACACCAUAUGGUCACAGGUUACACAAUACUCCUCCAUUACUUGGCCCCCAAUUGAAAACCGUUAACGGACACCAUCAUCGUCAUCGUCGACCAUCCAUCGCUGUUUUAGUUGCGUUCCUUUCUCGGUCGGCCAAUUGCUUUGGACCAAAUAAUUAAUCUUACAAUUUUUGUAUUUCGCGUGCACAUACAUAAGCUUAUUGUGAUUAUUUUAAACAUUUUUUUUAAUUCACAAUACCCCUCAUUAUUGAGCUUCUCGGCCAAUGUAUGCCAAUGUAAUAAA